UGGCGAAAUUACUCUGCAAGGAAAAGCAAGAGUCAUGGCGGACGGUGCUGGAUACCUUAAUGAUGUUUCAAACUAUCAAAUUGUUUGCAUGGAGGGAGCAAAACCGGUUGAUGAUGAUAAAAAGAACAUUAAACGCAUGAACCGAACAAUGCUUGAUUUUCGCGGGACAUAUCGUUUGUUUGAAGUAGACCGUUUUAGUCUUCCAAAAGAUUGGGUAGACAUGCCAAAAUUCACCUUUAUGUAUGAAGCUCUAAUAAA